UGGCCCACCGUGCACCCCGACCAAGCCAUCCCACCGCUGUCUUCAGCUUUAGCUCCACGCCCACACCAUGCCCCUGAGGCACACGAGUCAGCUCUGGAAGCUGGAAGAAGACCCGGGAGAAGCCCAGGGCCUGGUCAAUGCCCAGCUGCCAGAGGCUGAGGAUGAAGACGAAGUUUCAUCUCCCCCCUACCUGUGUUCCUCUUCCUCCUCCUCCCCCCCUCCUCCUCCUCCUCUUGCUCUCCCCUUCCUUGUCCAGCUCUGGCCUGUUCUUUGUGCCCCCAGAGAGGGGUCUGAGACUGCCUGGAGUCCUCCCCAGAGCCCUCAGAGUGCCGGGCCCUCCCCCAGUGGCAGGGCACCCAGUGGCUGGAGCCAGGUGGAGUUUGCUGGCCCCAGUGGCCCAGAGGAGGAGAUCUGGAACCCCUGGGAGGUGCCCGAAUAUGCGCAGCCCUCUGCCCAAGGAGGAGACACAAUGCUCAUGAGUGGGGCUGACCUGGUGGGGUUCCUGCUCCGCAAGUAUCUCAACAAGCAGCCCACCAGCCAGGCAGAGGUGCUGGAGGUCCUCAGCCCAGAUAUGCAGGAUGCCUGGCCCGAGAUCUGGGGUCAAGCCUGUGAGUGCAUGCAGCUGGUCUUUGGCGUAGAAGUGAAGGAAGUGGACCCCAUCGCACACUCCUACGUCCUGGUCACCGUCCUGGGCCUCAGCUACGAUGGGAUGCUGAGCGGUGAGCAGGGCCUGCCCACGACCGGCCUCCUGGUGCUGCUCCUGGGGGUGAUCCUCCUGGAGGGCGACCGUGCCCCCGAGCAGGAGGUGUGGGAAGCCCUGGGGGUCAUGGGGGUGUUUGCCGGCAGGCAGCACGUCAUCUAUGGGGAGCCCAGGGAGCUCCUCACCCACGUCUGGGUGCAGGAAGGCUACGUGGAGUACCGGCAGGUGGCGGGCAGCAACCCUGCCCGCUACGAGUUCCUGUGGGGGCCCAGGGCCCACGAGGAAACCAGCAAGCUACGGGUCAUGGAGUAUGUGCUAUGGGUUAAUAGCAGGUGGCCGGUUUCCUCCCUGGCCCCGUUUGAUGAGGAAGAGUGGCCUGAGCCCCAGAGGGCGGCCAGGCCCUUUCCAGCCUUUGGAACCCGGACCGUUGUGCUCCGGCAUGGGCGGGGCCGCGGAAAGGGCGAGAAAGGGCCCGCCGGAGGCCAGGGGAGCCCUGCUGGCGGCUCCCUCACGGCCACAACAGCGGCUGAGCUCUGCUCCCUGCAAGGCCCUGUGUGUGAGCAGUGA